GACACAAGAAUUUGUAAACGUCGAGAGUGAAUAUGGGUGAGAAGAAGCCAGAACCUUUGGACUUUGUAAAAGAUUUUCAGGAGUACCUCACCCAGCAGACUCACCAUGUGAAUAUGAUUUCUGGAUCAGUUAGUGGAGACAAGGAGGCAGAGACUCUUCAAGGAGCUGGGGCAGAAGGUGAUCAGAAUGGUCUUGAUCAUCCUUCAGUUGAAGUUUCCCUGGAUGAAAACUCAGGAAUGUUAGUGGAUGGCUUUGAAAGGACAUUUGAUGGGAAGUUGAAGUGUCGAUACUGCAACUACGCCAGCAAAGGGACAGCCCGGCUCAUCGAGCAUAUCAGAAUCCACACAGGUAGGGAAUG